AUGACUGUAAAGAUUUAUGCCGAGCCACGGGGCUUCAAAGCUUUGAAUCAACGCCACGUCAGAUCGCUUGCCGUCUCUAACAAGUCGGUGUGGUUCGGUCUUGACGAUGGUCGGAUUCUGCGCUACACAUGCCCCUCCUCGACUUCAACUCAGGAUUCCAGACCCAACCAUACGUCGGCGGAAUGUGUCACUUUGCGCCCCAAGUUGCCAGGGGACGCUUCUGAGGUACAACGAUUGUUCGUAGACACGAAGUCCUUCCACUGUAUCGCAUGUCUCGCAUCCGGACACCACUGGUACUCCAACUUUCAAAGCCCGGAUCUGGUAUCGCUAACUAGUAUAAAUGGAUGCUUUGUGCGCUCUGCUUGUUUCACAGACGCUACAACUGAGGAUUUCACUGGAUCAUUCCUACUAGGCACUCAGCGCGGCAGCAUCGUAGAGGGCCGCAUCAACUACCGCCAAGCAAGCUUUGCCUUUCGCACCCAGUAUAAGUUGCCAGAUGGAGAGCCAGUCCUAGAUAUAGGAGUUAUUCCCAUAGUGUAUCGCGGUGGACGCUGCCACGUGGUGGUGGCGUCGUCCACGCGUUGCCUGUAUGAGUUCUUCGGAGGCACAUCGUUUGAUGACACCUUUUCGAAAUACUCGAAGACGGGGGCCAAUGCGUUGCGUUACGAGGUGCCACUCGCUGGCCCAAUCGGGGAGAUAAUCGUCUCCGAGCGCAGUGACGGGAGCCACGACCUGUUCUGGGCAAAUGCCACGGGGAUCAUAUUCGUGAACGUUCCAUAUCGUGUGGCAGACGAUGCUGCAAGUUGUUUGAAGUUCCCACCUGGCGUGAUAACGUACAUUAUGACGCCGCAACAUCCUCUGUCAUCCCUGCAAGAGACCAAGUUGCGGAAUGUGAGGACGUUCUUGCGCCGCCCCGCCGUCCAGGUGCCGCGCAGCGUUGUCGUUGUACGUAAUUCGCUGCUACUGCUCUACGACGAUACCAUCGGUGUAGUGAAUACGAUAGUCGGCAAGCAGGUUGGCACGCUGCCAUUACCCCAUGGCACGUUUGGCAAGGUGCAUCGGCUGCUGUGCGAUCGUUUGACGGGUGAAGUGUGGCUCCAUGCAACCGAAGGGAUUUUCGAGGUGGGCGUUAGCGCAGAGUCGGAGGAUGCGUGGAAGCACUAUUUGUUUAAGGGUGAUAUCGCCAACGCGCUCUCCAGCUGCAAGACUUCGGGCCAGCGCGACAACGUCCUGCUGAAAAGCGCUUACGACCUGUACGAACGUGGAAAAUACCUCGAGUCCGCUCGUAUGUAUGGUCAGGUGGAAGCCAACUACCCUAACUUUGAGAACAUCUGUCUCAACUUUCUCAAGAAGCACCAGGAGGAAGCGGUUGUGGAGUACAUGACCUUGAAACUGCAGCAGCGUAACUGGUACCGGUACAAUCCGCGUUUCAUCAUCCUCACCGUGUGGAUCAUCGAAAUGCUGGGUUAUCGGUAUAGGGACGUUUAUCUCACCCUCGAGGCAAGCCGAGGCGUUUCGGGCGUUGACACCGACGCCCUGGCGACUCGGUGUGAGGAGUACAGGCGAAAGCUGUUUUCCACCGUAGGGUCGCUAGCACACAUUGAUGAGCUUGCACCCUCGAUAAACUUCCUGCUGCAGACUAUUAUGGGAUGCGGUGACGAAUGCGUGGAUUUCGCCCGUAUUCGCCGCGAUUCGUCAAACGUGGUGUACUACAUGAUUAACAGUGGCAACGUCGAGGGGGCAUUGAGGGAGCUUAUUAAAAUGCCUCCAGGCGACAAGCGAGACGCUUUGGUGUUGCGAUUUGCCCCGCUGAUGUUCAUGGAAGCGCCCGCGUUGUUCGAGCAGGCCACAUUCAGCAAGCUAGACCCGGUGAUACUGCUCCCCAUUGCGCUUCUGCCGCUGAUGAUGCGAAGUGAGCGUUACCUGCGCCAUUCGUUGGGCAUGGUAGAACGGCUACUUUUUUCUAACGAAACCGCGCAUGAGGAGUCGACACGUUCGCUGCUGUGGUGCUGCUACAUCCUUCUGUUAGCUAACUUGGACACUGAAGAGCCGUUGUUGGACGUCCUCAACAAGAAUUCGGCAGAUUUCCGCCACAUUGACCUUGCGAUAGCACUGCGCUAUCUGAAGGCCAAAUCGUCAACGGACAGUCGCUGGUCCGUGCCAUUCAUUGUGUUGCAAAGUUUAUGCGGAAUGAACGAGGACGCGCUGGAAAUGGCACUUUCCCAGGGCAAUAUGGAACUCGCGAAACAGUGCGCAAUGCGGCCCUCAGACGAGUUUACUCGUUGCCGGCUCUGGCGCUACAUUCUGCGUCAGUCGUCCCGCAAUGGUGGGGCAUCUUUGGGGUCCAUCAUUGACACGUCAAACGGCCUGCUCCAGGUACACGACCUCCUACAUUUGCUGCCCGAAGACACGAAAUUGGGUGAGCUUAGCAGCAUCAUCUCGAGGUCUGUGGCCGAGUAUGAGUCCCAUCUGGAGGAGCGCCGUCAGGAGGUUGACCACCUCUGCGCGUGCAUCGCUGAGACCAAGGCGGAAAUAGAGAUGGCAUCUCGCCGUUGCGUUAGCCUCUCCGUGGAUGAAAACUGCAUGUCGUGUGCCCAUCCAUUGCAUACAGGCCAUUUCAUUGUAUUCCCCUGCGCGCACGCAUUUCAUCGUUCCUGCGUGGCUACAACACUUCGGGGAUUGCUGAAUGGGGCUGAACUCUUGGAACUGAAGCGACUGCACAGAGAGUUCGAAAAGCGUGCGGAUGAGCGCUGCGUAACAGCAUACAACGAGUACCUCUCGAGGGCAUGUGUCAUUUGUGGCUACCCAGCUGCGCUGUUGGCCUCGAAGCCCUUCAUUUCCAGCAUGAACGCGGACCAGGAAGAUUUGUGGGCAAUAAAUUAG